AUGCUGCACGAGGACACCUCGGCCGCGGUCGCAAGCAUCCUGUCAAACUUCGCCAAGCCCUAUGCACCUACUGACGAGCACUCCUUUCCUGCGCACGUAAUUGCAAAUGGCGUUAAGAGCACCAAGAUUACCUUGCCCGGGGAUGACACAGUGGAGAAGCGCACGCUGGAGAGAGAGUUGACCGCCCUUGCGUCGCGCAUACAGCUCCUCGAAGCCAAGGCGUCCAGCGGAACCACUUCACUUCCCAUCACGCCUAAUGAGCCAUUGUCCUCGGCAUUCGUGAGUUCGCCAGCUUCGCCGAAGUCGGCUGCUAAUGGUACUCCACCGCGGCAACGCUCAGCAUCGUGGGUCAAUAACUUACUCGGCACGAAGAGCGACGGAGAGCAGCAGACUCGCCAGCUGACCGAAGAGCAAUUCACAUUUCUCCGCGAGCACAUUGAUCAGCAGGCGCAAGAGAUCAAAGGCCAGAAGGACUUCAUUGACCGCAUUACCUCGCAACUAUCACACCAGCAGGAUGCUACCAAAGCGGCGCUGGACACUCUCGGCAACUCCUCUUCCAUCGAGCAAUUGAAGCGUGAAAUUGAGAAGAACACACAAAUCAAUGCUACGUAUCAGAAGGUUCUCCGCGAAAUUGGCACAAUCAUUACGGCGGUCGCAAAUGGCGACCUGAGCAAGAAAGUACUCAUACACGUGACGGAGAAAGACCCUGAAAUUGCACGAUUCAAGCAUACGAUCAACAAGAUGGUGGACCAGCUGCAAGAGUUUGCCAGUCAAGUCACGCACUUGGCGAAGGCCGUGGGUACCGAAGGACAGCUUGGUGGCCAAGCUGUCGUGCCGGGUGUGGACGGUAUUUGGGCCGAGCUGACUCAGAAUGUCAACGUGAUGGCACAGAAUCUGACCGACCAAGUGCGAGAAAUUGCUGCUGUGACAAAGGCCGUCGCGCAAGGUGAUCUUAGCCGCAAGAUUGAACGACCAGCCAAAGGCGAGAUUCUUCAAUUACAGCUCACGAUCAAUCGCAUGGUGGACCAACUCCGCACCUUUGCAACCGAAGUCACUCGGGUGUCGCGCGAUGUAGGUACAGAAGGUGUCCUCGGGGGUCAAGCACAGAUUGCGGGUGUUCAAGGCAUGUGGAACGAUCUGACUCUGAACGUCAAUGCCAUGGCGAACAACCUCACCGCGCAGGUCCGAGAUAUCGCUGAAGUGACUACUGCAGUCGCAAAAGGUGACCUCACGCACACAGUGAAGGCAGAAUGCAAGGGCGAGAUCUUGGAACUCAAGAACACCAUCAAUUCCAUGGUGGACCAGCUCAGGCAGUUUGCGCAUGAGGUGACGAGGAUCGCUCGCGAAGUCGGCACAGAAGGUCGACUUGGCGGGCAGGCAACUGUGCACGGCGUAGAAGGCACAUGGAAGGAUCUCACCGAGAAUGUGAACGGCAUGGCCAACAAUCUCACCACGCAGGUACGCGAGAUCGCGGAAGUCACGACCGCUGUGGCGAAGGGAGAUCUCAGCAAGAAGGUCAAGGCUGAGGUCAAGGGCGAGAUCCUAGCGUUGAAGGUCACGAUUAAUGACAUGGUGGACCGCCUCAGCACGUUCGCUUUCGAAGUCAGCAAGGUCGCCAGAGAAGUCGGGACCCAGGGUGUUUUGGGUGGGCAGGCGGAGGUGAAGAACGUCGAAGGCAAGUGGAAGGAUCUUACGGACAACGUCAACACCAUGGCUGGCAACUUGACCAGCCAAGUGCGCAGCAUCUCGGACGUCACGCAAGCCAUUGCGCGUGGAGACAUGAGUCAGCGCAUCAAAGUACACGCUCAAGGAGAGAUACAAACGCUCAAGGACACAAUCAACGACAUGGUUACGCGUCUGGAUGCAUGGUCCCUUGCCGUCAAGCGUGUAGCACGCGACGUCGGAGUCGACGGCAAGAUGGGAGGUCAGGCCGAAGUGGCAGGCAUAACCGGGCGUUGGAAGGAAAUCACUACCGACGUCAACAUCAUGGCGCAAAAUCUGACCUCACAAGUGCGCGCCUUUGGCGAAAUGUCCAACGCGGCCAUGGAGGGCAACUUUACAAAGCGCAUUACUGUCGAGGCAUCCGGCGAGAUGAAUGAGCUCAAGGUCAAGAUCAACGACAUGGUCAGCAGUCUGCGCGACAGUAUUCAGAAGAAUAACGCAGCAAGAGAGGCAGCCGAGUUGGCGAACAAGACCAAAUCCGAGUUCUUAGCCAACAUGUCGCACGAGAUCCGAACACCCAUGAACGGCAUAAUUGGCAUGACGCAGUUGACGCUCGACACUGAGUUGGAGCAGAACCAGCGCGAUAUGCUGAACAUCGUGUUUUCGCUUGCGAACAGCUUAUUGACCAUAAUUGACGACAUACUCGACAUUUCGAAGAUCGAAGCCAACCGCAUGAUUCUAGAAGAAGAGCCGUUCUCACUGCGCAGCUUGGUAUUCAACAGCCUGAAGUCUUUAGCUGUUAGAGCGAACGAGAAGGACAUUAGUCUCGUCUACGACGUUGAUAGCUCGGUGCCAGACUAUGUGGUCGGUGACUCGUACCGAUUGCGACAGAUUAUCCUGAACCUGGCCGGCAAUGCGAUUAAAUUCACUGAGCACGGUGAAGUGCGUGUCAAGAUUCUAGCGGAUAAGGUGUCCAAGUGCAAACAGGGCGAGUUCGUUGUCAAGUUCGCAGUGAGCGAUACAGGCAUCGGCAUCCACAGCAAUAAACUCGACCUUAUCUUCGACACUUUCCAGCAGGCAGACGGCUCAACGACUCGCAAGUUCGGUGGUACUGGGCUCGGCUUGUCGAUCUCGCGGAGACUGACAACUUUGAUGCGUGGCAAGAUGUGGGUUGAGUCUACGUACGGCUCCGGCAGCACAUUCUUCUUUACGUGUGUCGUCCGUAUCGGCACGCCGGAUCUGACCAAGAUCGCACCGCAGCUGCAGCAGUACAAGAGGCACAAAGUCCUUUUCAUCGACCACGGCGAGACUGGCUGCACUGACGAGAUUGCGGCAGCGAUCCGGAGCCUGGAUCUUGUGCCUUGUGUGGUCAGCUCCAAAAAGGCGACUCCGAGUGUCGAACUGCGACAGGAUGAGUUCUACGACUGCGUGAUCGUGGAUCAGACCGCUACGGCACAAAAAUUGCGAAGUCUGGAGCGCUUCAAAUACAUUCCAAUUGUCAUGCUGGCGCCUGCGAUAUCAGUCAGCUUCAAGACGGCGCUAGAGAACGGCAUUUCCAGCUACAUGACUACGCCGUGCUUACCCAUUGAUCUCGGUAACGCCCUGAUACCGGCUUUGGAGGGACGCGCUGCGCCAAUUUCGGCUGAUCAUUCACGGACAUUCGAGAUCCUCCUGGCGGAAGAUAACGCGGUGAACCAGAAACUCGCGGUCAAGAUCUUGACCAAGCACAAUCACAAGGUCACCGUGGCGAACAACGGGCAGGAAGCAUUUGACGCAAUCAAGAAGAAACGAUUCGAUGUCGUGCUCAUGGACGUGCAGAUGCCCGUCAUGGGUGGCUUCGAAGCGACUGCGAAGAUUCGAGAGUACGAAGCAGCGCAUGAGCUAGAGCGGACACCGAUCAUCGCACUUACCGCACACGCCAUGCUGGGAGACCGGGAGAAGUGCAUCCAGGCGCAGAUGGACGAGUACUUGUCCAAGCCGUUGAAGCCGAACCAACUGAUACAGACAAUACUGAAAUGUGCGACGCUUGGCGGUGCCUUACUGGAGCGACGAAGCGAUGCACGUUCAAGUAUGGGUGACGAGGUUCAGGAGGUGCAGAAGCCGGACAAGAGCCGCCUGAGCACGCCAAAGCGGCCCGGUCUGAACGAUCGAGGCUACACGGAGGGUGCGCCGAGCGGGUUGGAGAGUCCUGCGAUCGUGACCUCUGACCAGGAGAAUCCUUUGGAACAAAGAGUAAGUGAGACACCAGACGUCCGCCUGCCAAGCUGA